AUUUACAUGGCGACGCAAAUCGCCUCCGGUAUGAAAUAUUUAGAAUCGUUAAAUUUUGUUCAUAGAGAUUUAGCCGCGAGGAAUUGUUUGGUCGGAACAGGUUACAAAAUAAAAAUAACCGAUAUUGGUAUGAGUAGAAGUUUAUAUUCUGGUGAUUAUUAUCAAAUUGAUGGAGAUCUUAUGUUACCCAUACGUUGGAUGUCGCGGGAAAGUAUACUUUUGGAAAAAUUCACUACGAAAAGUGACGUUUGGUCUUUUGCCGUGACGCUGUGGGAAAUAUUAACAUUUGCAAGAGAACAAUCAUACGAAGAAAUGUGCGACGAAAAAGUCAUUGAAAACGUCGGUCUUCUAUAUCAGGAUUCUGGAAAAAACGUUUUAUUACAUCAACCGAAAAAUUGCCCGAAAGAAAUUUACGACCUGAUGCCCGUACACGUAUCCAUACUUGUGAAUAAUACGAAUCAAAGGAUGCAAGCACGCGUCUUCAAGAGAUCUACACAUCAUUCAUAG